ACUAUUCGUUCGCCUGCCUGCGAACCUAGCUCUCUUGUAUCCAUGUACUGGAUCAGCGCCUGCACCCGACUGAUGAUCUGCCUGCUUGAAUAUCAUCAUGAUCUACUGCCACCACAAUACAGGCAGCUUGUCACUCUGACUGCUUGUGAUCCCGUUUGACCUCUUCCCAAGGUCGCAGAUGCCCUCGACGUGACAAGUGAAAGCCCACCUACCUCCGCACGCCGCCUGCCGCAUAAAAGACGGCUGAUCCGUCAUGUCGUCGUCGCCCGCCGCGAAGCGCAACCUGAAACCCUCGCCCAUCGCUCCCACGACUCAGUACAUCUCGACCGACUCCUCUAACGCGCUGCCCGCCGCCAAUCCAAGCGUCUCGGCUUUCGGCCCUCCGCUUACGCCCGGGAACUCCAGAAAGCGCAAGUCCUCCAUGGGCUCUGACUUCGAGGCUAAGCCCAUAGCGCCGUCCACGGCCGCGGCGUCAAGCGGGUAUGGCCUUGCCACCGCGCCCGUCGCAGAUCUCGAUCCGCCACCGCAGCAGCCCGUCGUGAAGAAGGGUCGGACAAACACGCCGUGGACGGCAAAAGAGGAGCAGACGUUGAAGCAGAUGAGAGAUGCGGGAAACACCUGGAGCGACAUUGCAAAGACAUUUCCGCACCGAACAGAGGGCAGUGUGAAGAAGCACUGGUACAAGGACAUGCACUAUGCCGAGUUCGGAGAAGACGAGAGUGCAGCUCUGCUGGCGGCGAUCAAGGAGUACGACGCCAACAAGUGGAAAGUCAUCGGUACUAAAGUAGGAAAGCCCGCUAAAGCGUGCGAGUCGUAUGCAAAAGAGCAUUUUGGUGGGAAGCUGUGAGGUUCAAGAGCACAGCCUGCGU